AUGAAUAGGUUUAUCACAAAAACCAAAACUCCAAGUAACAAAAAGGAAACUCCACAAAAGAGGCUACAAACAGGAACAUCCCGAAAUGAAUCCACGAACAAAAAAAAUGACUCCGAAUGUAACGUUCAGGCAACCCCGGAUGUUCAAACUAAAGAAGAAUCUCUCAUGUCGAAAUUACAAUUCGCCAUUCGCAAUAACGAUGCUCAAUUCACAUUUGACACUCUUUCUACGAAUCGGCCAUUUGACAAUGCAAUGAAUAAAAUUAUGACAAAAGUCGAAUUUUCCUCGUCAUUCUCGGAUCCGACUUCGGAGUUUAUGCUUCUUUCUGUGGAUGAAUCGGUAGUAGACGCCUUCAAAGAAAGUCAAAGGUUAACAAUUCGCGGUGAAUCUACAGACGAGGCAGUUCUUUGCACGGAUAACGCAACUUUCCCGAUAAAAGUCAUAGAAUCUGCUACAACUGUUCUUCUUCUUCACAACUGUUUGGAUGCUCCAGAUUCACCUACCAUUCCAAAUUUUGAAUUCGAAUCGGUUGAUGGGAAAUGCUACUCCACAGGUGAACUUUGUUCAGCAGUCGAUGUUCUUAAUGUAGGUCGUCUCAAAGAAAUGCUUCGUGAGCAAGAAUUGCGCUGGGAUUGGAAAGAUAAAGAAGAAGAAGAAGAGUUGCUAAAAGGCUACCGGAUGAAUGAUAUGCUGGAUAGCGUGCAAAUGAGUGUUGGAGAACUGAAAACUGCUUUGGUCGAUUUGCCGAUUGUCAAAUUUCCGAACGGAAGAUAUCGUUACUUAUCUCACAAGUUUCGUGGGGAAAUGUUGGGAUUAAUUGCUCAGUUACUCGAUGAAGAUUCUAUUGAAGAUGUGAGAUUCGAAUCGAUUUCUUUCUCUGGACUUCGCGCUCAUCUUCCUGAAAAUGUUCCUGAUACUGUGAUCCAAUGGUUUCUUCAAACGAGAUGUGAAAAGAUUGCGGAUGGAAGCGAUGAUAGAUAUCAAUUACCUGAAACUAAUUUAAUUCGAGACUUCGCCGUUGUUCUUUUGCAUGAAGUCGGAUCAAUGCCACUUCGUCGUUUCAGUGAACUUCUCAAUAAGAUCCUUCCAAUUGGAACCAAUGUGGAUAAUGCCGUUUUCGAAGGAAUCGCUGACAUUUCGGAUGCCUCAUUCGGCAAAAUUAUCACUUAUCUAGGGCCAGAAGACCUUCCUGACACUGUAAAGGAAAGGAUGUUGCAUCUGUUCGAGUACAGAAGGCUUUGGACAAUGGAACAACUUCGCCCAUAUUUCAAGGACGUCUACAAAUCGAAAAUGGCCUUCGACAAGUAUGUCGUUCUAAAUUGCGAAUAUUCUCUGUCUGAAACUAAUGAAUUACUAUAUUGUGGUGUGAGAUGA